AUGACGACACCAACCGACAGCCCGGGGCGCAACACUCCAGAGGCUUCUACUCAAGUUACGGCGGCACCAGCCAAACCCGAGGUCAAGCUCGACAUAGAGCAUGUGCACGUAGAGGACGACCCUCGAACAUGGUCGAACAUACGGAAGACCACAAUCCUAAUCAUUAUAUCGGGCGCGUCCAUGAUAGCAGGCUUAUCAGCCAAUAUUCAGAACCCUGCCAACGACCAAAUAGAAUCGCAACUUCAUACAACGAGUCAAGAUAUCAGUUUGAGCUUGUCUAUGUUCAUUCUCGCGCAAGGGAAUUUUCCCUUACUAUGGAGUGUGCUCAGUGAAAUCAAGGGUCGCAAGCUCGUGUACAUCGCUUCGAUCACAAUAUUUACUGUCGCCUCCGCCAUUGUCGCCAUCGCGCGUUCAAUAGGCCUUGUCAUUGGCAUGCGUGUUCUCCAAGGAGCCGGCUCAAGCUCCGUCAUCAGCAUCGGAGCAGCGACCCUCGCCGACAUCUACGAGCCGCACCAGCGCGGCACCAUGAUGGGCAUCUACCUCUCCGCGCCCCUGCUCGGACCCUCGAUCGGCCCCAUCGUCGGUGGCGCGCUCACGCAGGGACUCAGCUGGCGUGCCGUGUUCUGGUUCCUGUGCAUAUGGGGUGGCGUCAUCGUCUUCGCGUUCGCCUUUCUCUUCAAGGAUACAUUUAGGAAGGAGCGGAGCAUCACGUACCAGAAUGUGCUCAAGCGGCGGAUUCGGGAGAGGCAGCUGAAUGAACAGAAGAAGAAGGACCAGCUGAGAUCGGGAGACGUUACGCCUGCGUCUGCGGAGCGUUUGCCGGGUGGGGGAGCACAGGUGGAGAAGCAGGUGCAACAGACGGGGGACUUGGAAGCGCAGAGAACGACGUCUGUUAAUGUGACCGCGGAUGCGAUGAAGGAGGUCAAGCCAUCCUUCGCGGAUAUCAACCCCAUCCCGCCCUACCUGAGGGUGCUGAGGCGGAAGAAUAACGUAGCAAUUCUGGUCCCAUCAGGGCUCCUUUUCGCCUUCAGCAUGAGCAUCACGUACACCUGUGCACGAACACUCGCCAACUCGUACGGCUACAACGCACUGAAGACCGGUCUCGUUCUACUCGCAUACGGUAUCGGCAGUAUGGCCGGCAGCAUCCUUGGUGGCCGCUGGUCCGACCGAACCCUCAACCGACUUAAAGCUGCUAACGGUGGUGUGAGCUACGCUGAAAUGCGGCUCGAGAGCACCAAACUCGCGAUGCUCUGGUUCCCGCCCUCCGUGAUCGGGUACGCAUGGGUGUGCCAGCAGCAUGUGCACGUAUCCGCCGUCUGCGUCAUGCUUUUCCUCACCGGGUUCUUUUCCAUAUGGAUAUACAGCAGCACACUUGCGUACAUCGUCGACGCCAACGUCGGCCGCUCCUCGAGCGCCGUCGCGACCAACAGCUCGUUCCGCGGCAUCUGCGCGUUCGUCGCGUUCGAGGUCGCCGUUCCGCUCCAGGAUGCGAUCGGCGACGGCGGGAUGUACACCCUCUGGGCAGGGCUGAUGCUCAUCGCGGAGGGGGUUGUUCUGCUUGUCCUCUACAAGGGCCGCGUGUGGAGAGAGCAGGCCGUUGAGGCGGAGCGGGUGCGGCAGGAGCGCAAGGACUUGGAUGCUGGUGACAAGGCGUAAUCUUUUCGAAGCGUAAUUUUUAGAUCUAUCAUUAUUACAUGCUUCAUGCUUCACAAGCCUCGAACGAAUGGCCUUUAUAGAACCGUAGUACACUUUGUUCUGUAACGUUAGACGUGUCGACACACCCACUCAGUUAAAUCUCAUCCUAGUGUUUAA